AUGUGUUUGUUUGAUUAUGAUAAACAUAUUGGGAAGUUAGCUAUGUUAACAAGUAUUUUCCUCGUUCUUUGUUUAUUACACUGUCAUUUGAAUCAUUAUCAUCAUGUUGAAGCAUCACGUAUGUCUAAUAUUGAACAAGACAAACGAGAAUUGGGCAUACGAUUUAAACAAGCUAUUACUGAUGUUAUGAAAAAAUUUGAUGAUCUUAGUAUUACUUGUCCAUUGGCUUCUAAUCGUUGUCGUUUAUUACAAGCUGAACUUUGGGAUAUAGAAACAGUUAAUGAAUUUGAUUAUGUUCUUGGUCGUAUAUAUGAACAAACUCAAUCAUUUGAUAGUCCUCGUAUUGCUGUUAAUUUUACUAUAGGAAAAUAUGUAUUAAAUUUACAACAAAGAAAGGGUGAACAACAAUUUCUAUCCGUUGGAAAUAUAAAUGAUUAUUCAUUAAUAUAUAAACCAUUAUCUGAUAUACCACCAAGAAAUAUAUGUUUAAUUAUUGAUAUAAGUAAAGCUACACGACGUAUAUCAUUAGAAGAAAAAUUUCGUUUAGAACGACGAACUAAUCAUUAUAUUUGUAAAAUGAAAAUAAAUAGUUGUUAUAAUAAUACACGUUGUGGUCCGCAUGGACAAUGUCAAAAUUUAAUUACUAAAUAUAAAUGUAUAUGCAAUUUUAUGUAUACUGGUGAAUAUUGUGAUCAAUUGAAUAAUCGUGGUGUUCAAUCGAUUAUUGGUAUUAUUUUUAUUUGUUUGGCAAUAUUAAUAUUUUUAUUUCAUUCAAGUUUUCAUUUUCUAUGUCGAUUACGAGAUAAAGAUAAAAAUUUAAUUACCAAUAAAAAUUUUAUGUCUACAAUAAAUUCUCAUCGUCAUUCAUGUGAAAAAUUUUAUUCAAUUCCAAAUAUAUCAUCUGAUCAAUUAAUUCUUAAAGAUGGUUUAAAAAAUCCAGCAUUUUCAAAUGAUAAUGAAUCAUCAACAAUGGUAAUAAAUUCUCCACAUACAAUUGUUCAUCUUCGUCGUUAUUCAACAAAUUCUUCAUCAAAAUCAUCAUCAUCAUCAAUUUUUUGUCAUCAUUCAUUUUUAUAUUAUUUUUGGCGUUUAUUUAUUUGUUUAAUAACAAUAAUUUUUGCAACAUUUUGUUGUCAUACAAUUUAUCAAUUUAAAAUUCAACAUUUAAAUACUUAUGAAAAAUUUCAUAAUAUAACAAAAGAAAAAACAUUAAAAAUAUGUCAAUUAUUUCAAACAAAUUUAAAUUUAUAUUAUAAAAUUCCAGCUAAUUAUAUAUCAUUAUGUAUUUUAUUUAUUCUUAUUUUAAUUCAAAUUUUAUUUGAAAAUUUUUCUUGUCGAAAAAAACGAACAUUUAAAUCAUUUUGGCAACAUAUAUCAAUACCUAUGAUAUUUAAUUCUCAUUCACAUAUUUAUCGUUUUCAAUCGGCUGCUGUAUUUGGUAUAAUAGCAUUAGAAAUUUUACAUAUAUUUGAUGAAUAUAUAAUUAAUGGUGCUAAACAUUUUCAACAUGGACCAUUAAUUGAUUUAAUUAUACAAUUUGGUAUUGGUCUUAUGUUAGGUUUAAGAUAUUUUCCAAUUUUAUCAAUAUUUGAAAAAGAAAAUAAUUAUGAAAAUCGUUUAGAAAAUCUUAUAUCAUAUGGUUUAGGUACAAUUUAUCUAUAUUGUGAAAUUAUUUUUAAAUUACAAUCUGAUAUUAAUUGUACAUUUGAUAAAAGAAAAAUAUCAAUUAUUAAAGAUACAUUAGAAAAACUUCAACAAAUGGGUAUUAAUAUUAAACAAUAUAUGAUUACAAAUUUAGGUACGAAUCGAACUGGAAAAUUCAAUGAAACAUAUAUAAAUACACAUUAUUGGUAUAAUAAUAAAAUACAAAAAUAUCCUGAAAAUUUAACAUAUGAUGAUAAAUAUGAAAUUGAAAAUGAAUUAAUAAAUUUAAAUUAUUCAUUAGAAUUAAAUAAACAAAGUAUAUUAUAUAAUAUAUUAAGAAAUGCUCCAUAUUAUUAUUUUAUUGUUUAUUUGGCUGUUUGUUUAACAAUAUUAUUUUUAAAUACAUUUCGUGGUAAAUUAAAAAAAUCAUCAUCAUUACAAACAUUACCACGUUGGAAAUAUGUUAAAUAUAAUCUAUUAAAAUCAUCAAAAUUUAUUCAUUCAUAUCAACAAUAUGAAUAUUCACGUUUAUUUCGUUGUUUAAAUUUUUUAAUAAAUUUUUUUAAAAAAUAUAUUUAUUCUAUACGUUUACAUUUUCGUUAUUCAAAAUUAAUUAUAUGUAUAUAUACAAGUGCAUUUACACUUGUUUAUUAUUUUACAUUUUGGAUUCAAGAUCAUACAUAUAUAUUAACAAAAAAAUUAUUAUUAUUUCUUAAUUUAAUUCUAUGUGGUUUAGCUGAUUUAUCAAAAGAUUUAUGUUAUAAUUUAAAUUUAUAUCAUAUUAAUCAAGAUAUUAAAUAUAUUUGUUUAUUAACAGCAUUUAUAACAUGUUUACAAUUAUUUUUUGGUUUAAAACAUUAUCAAAUGCAAAUGUGUAAUGCAUAUAAAGGAAUAUUUAUUGAUAUACCAAAACCAAAAACUAUUUCAUCCGUAUCAAUUAUUAGUCGAUCAAUACAUUAUCCAGGACGAUUUAUGGGUUCAUUAGUUUACAGUUAUGGAUUUUUAUUUUUAUUUAUAUCAAUAUUUUAUAUUCUUUCUCGUUAUAUAUUUUAUUCAUUAAUUAUUUUGGAAUUUAUAUCUAAAUUAUUAUUACCAAUGAUAAUAUUCUUUUUAUUUCAAUUAUUAUUUGUACGUCUUUUAUGUAAAUUAUUAUUUAUACAAAAUAAUCAUUUACUUGCAUUACGUAAUCUUCGUCUUUAUUAUACAUUUUCAUAUUUUAGUUUUUUUUUCGAUUGUUUUCUUGGUUUUAUAAUGUGUUUAUCACGUAUAUCAAAAGGUUUUUUUUGUACAUUAAUCUUUUUUGCACGUCUUGAUUAUUCAGCAUAUGGACGAGGUUUAGAAAUGUAUGAUUCAUCAUAUGCAUCUUAUGUUAGUUUUUUUCAUAUUGAAAGAAAUCAACGACAUCCUGUUUUAAAUGUAUUUAUUGAUAUUAUAAGACAACGUCUUAUUGAUAUAAGAAAAUUAAAAUUAAAAUUAACAAUGGAAAAUAUUAAUCAAACAUAUGAAAAUGAAAAAUUCUCACAAUUAAGACGUUUUCGUUGGGCAUUAGCAUAUACAUUAAUUCAUAAUGAACAAUUAAAACGUUAUAGAAAACAUCGAUUAUGUUCUACAAAAACUAAUCAAUCAAAAACAUUAGAACGUAUAUUUGAUAAAAUUGGUUUAUCACAAACAUUACCAAGAAAAUAUUAA